AUGGCAAUGGGAGCAAUGGCAAAGAGGAAAAGCCUCUUCCAGGCAGCCAUCGGCCUAUUGCGCCGUUCGGAGCGUCUAAUUCUGGAUCACAAGACGUCGCGGGCGGACACCGGAUCAAUUCCUGGGCGAGCACAGCUCCAUGACUCGAUGACGCUGCACCACGGCCUCUCCGAAGCGGCAGUGCCUGACGAGUGCGCAGCCGGAGGCGACACGGCGAGGGAUGCGCCGUUGAAUUGCUGCUACCGAAGUGGCCGCAUUGCACGCCGCCUUCGAGAAGGCUACGCUUCGACAAAUCAACUCCUUCGCACGGGUACACGCGGCCAUGGCCAAGACUGCCGAAACUUUGGGGCGUGUGCAACGAACAUUGCGUCGCUUGCCUUAUGUUUGCCGUGUUGGCGGGGGACAUUUUGA